UAUCUUGCGUUCCUAUCUUCGACCCUCUCUCGCUGCACAGUUAUGUCCGCGGGACCGUCGGUGUAAGAAAUAGUGCAGGACAAGGCGUGCGUAACGGAGCAUCCGCAUGCAACACCACAACAACCGCAAUGAAGAGAAGAAUACUCUACCAAUGCCCGCGGAUAGCGAUCAAAUGACACUGAGACGCGCUGUCACACUCUAAUUUGAUAUCAGAUUAAAGCUGUGCCUCCGCUGGAGAGACUGAUCAGUAAGAGCAGCAGAGCAGGGCACCUUGUUUCUCCUUCUGCACCCGUGGACUCCGCUGCCGGGGACGCACCGGCACAAUGAGGUUGAAAGGUAUCGUUUCCCUCAUCGUGCUCGGCUCUUUAUCCGCUUAUUUUAUUUAUGAGCCCAUUCCGGAAGCCAUUGAUCAAAAAUGGAAACUUAUGGUGACCAAUUCCCUCUUCAGAGCUCUCAGCCACCUGGCGGACCUCAGUGAGCUGCUGGGGCUGAAGGACUACAUGGGCGUCAUGUACUUCAUCACGCUGGCGGAGCGGGUGGUGCCGCUGUCGGACCAACACGUGUUGGUGACAGAGGAGCGCUUCGACGGGGUGGAGGUGGUGCUGUACCAGCCCCAGACCGACCGGCCCACGGCUGACCUUCGCAGGGCUGUCAUCUACCUGCACGGCGGGGGCUGGUGUCUGGGCAGCUCCCGGAUGAGCCCCUAUGACGCGCUGGCCAGAACCCUGGUCACGGACCUCGACGCCAUGGUGCUCUCUGUCGAGUACCGCCUGGCUCCAGCCCACCACUUCCCCGUCCCUUACGAGGACGUCUAUAGCGUGGUCAAGCACUUCCUCCAGGAGGAGGUCCUGGCUCGCUACUCGGUGGACCCGGGGCGCAUCGCGGUGUCUGGGGACAGCGCGGGAGGGAACCUGGCAGCAGCGGUGUCCCAGCAGCUACGGCAGGACCCGGACCAGAAGAUCCAGCUGAAGAUCCAGGCCCUGCUCUACCCGGUGCUACAGGCCCUGGACCUCAACACCCCGUCCUACCAGCAGAACCGGGACAUGCCCAUCCUGCCGCGCACCCUGAUGGUGCGCUUCUGGAGCGAGUACUUCACCAGCGACAAGGCCCUGUUCCGGACCAUGAUGUCCAACACCCACAACGGGCCCGAGUCCGCAGACCUGCUCAAGUUCGUCAACUGGGGCGCCUACCUCCCCGAGUCCUACCGGGCCGACUACAACUACAGCGUCCCCGCUGUGGGACGCGACCAGGCGGCGGUGGGCGUCCCGGCACCCGACGGCGGUCCGUCCAGGGCCAUCGGGGACCCCCGGGCGUCGCCCCUGCUGGUGCCGGACAGCGCCCUGCGCUCGCUGCCCAAGGCUUACGUGCUGACGUGCGAGUACGACGUCCUGCGCGACGACGGGAUCAUGUACGUGACGCGGCUGCGAGAAGCCGGCGUGGAGGUGACCCACGAACACUACGGCGCGGGCUUCCACGGGGCGAUGAUGUUCAACCUGUGGCCCGUGGACUUCGCCAUCGCUCGCCGCAUGACGGACAACUACGUCCGCUGGCUGCAGGAAAACUUGUAAGCCCGGGAGGGAGGGAUGGGGUCAGUGGCGACGGUUGCGGCGGUCCCGCUCCCGCUGUUGGUUCCUUAGCAUUGGUCGGCCGCCUGUUGACUCGCAAGGUUUUAGUUUUACGUUUUUUUUUUCUUUUCAGAUCUUUUCUCUUUUUUUCAAUUGUAUUUUUUCCUUUUUUGGUUUCUGUUGUUGUUUUUCGUCUCAAUGUUUUUUUCUGUUGAAGUACAUCUUUUUUUUUUUCAAUUAUGCAAGGACCACACUUAUAAGCGACUAGUAUUCACUCCAUUAGCUUAGGCACUUUGCUGAAGGACGCCUACUACAGGUCAGGCUUGUGGGUGGGCAAUCCUGCAUCCUGCAUCUCUCGGUAAUGUACCACAUCGUGUUGCGAAAAGUCAGAGCGGACAUUUCUUUUAUACUACAGGGAUUUGUGCUUUGCAUUAAAUGUUUGAUUUUAUUAGAAGUAAGAUUGGAAUGUAAUCGACGGUGUAUGCUUGCCUUGUUACACAUAACACUUAAUAAACUGCUACCAACAACAACAGUACAUACCACAGAUAUAUUGUAUAAAUCAUAGGUGUAAAAAUAAUCUUAUUUCCGAACAGCGCAUGCAUGGGGGGCAGCUUGAUCAACCACAAAGUGGCGGUAGCUCGUAGCCACAGUGUAGAUAAUCCUAGUUCAAACCUCACUGGUUCCACCAGACCGGGGCUGCACCUGGGUUCAUCUGAAUGAAUUUCCAACACAAAAGAAGACAACAUUAGUGGUUAGAGUUCACCGAGCACCGACGUCCGUUUAGGGGAGAGGGUAGGGAAAAGUUGCGCAGCAGUAACCCGAUAGCCGCAGUACUCUGGAUGUCACGUGAGGUCAGCCAAACCCAGUGGAGUCAGAUCUCUCUUUCUGCGUCGCUCUUUGGAAGUCUCUCGUUGGAUCUGAUUAUCUCUGUGAAGCUUGUGACGUUUUUAACAGCACAUGUGCUAGAGAUCACGUCAUCAUCUGAGAGGGCUUUGUCGUUUUUAUUAGCUUUGUGGGUUUUUUGUGUAGCCAAUCUUUGUGGGAGUUGUGUGAACCGAAGCGACACACAGGCUGCAUCGAUUGUUAGGCUAGGGAAUACUUGUUGUGUUGCUAUUUGAAGCUCAUGCAUAUUGUUCAUAUUGUUUUACCAAAGAAACCACACUGCUCCACAUCGUGUAUCUUGCAUGGACUAUACCUUAUUAUUUAGCGUUGUUUCCCCUUCAUAAUUCUGCUCCUUACUCAUUUGUAAAUAUUAUGAUUUGUAUGUUUUUAUUUGCAAAAGAAGAACCUAGAACGACGUGUAUUGUUUUUUCUGAAAAUAAAGAGACCCAACCUAUGACUA